GGCACUCGUUUACUUGUCGAGUUUCCGUUCAGCAAACCAUCUUCAGACUUUUGGUCGACUCAUAUCCUUGUUUGCUUUCGUCCUUGUUCUGUUUCUUCUGCUAUCUUUCAUCAUGCAGCUCGGUGCUCCUCUUGAGACUCCUGAGGUGGCUGCUCUUUUGCAUCAUGGAGGCACCAAUUACAUCGAAUUGAUCAAGACCAACCUUCAAUUCCUCUAUGGCAGAGACGUCCCCAUUGAGAUCCUAUCCCAGGUCACGCCCCCCGACACUUGGCAAAUCACCGUCCUCAAGACCGAGGACGGCGUCCGCACAGUUGCCAUUGCUGAAUCUGGCCAAGGCCUCACCAAUGCCCUCAAGCAAGCCCACUACCAAUCUGGCCAGCUGCUUGCCGAGUUCGCGUGUGAUCCCACAAAGGACAAUUCCACCCUGGGCAGGCGCGAGGAGCUCCAGAUUGAGAUUGCGACCUCGGUGGCCAAUUUUGCCACGGGCAGAAACGACGACAACAAGGACGGCAAGGCUGCCGAGAAGGCCCCUGAGGAUCCUGUCUGGCAGGCGGCGUUCGACAAUGCGCGGCGCAUGAUGGGCCCGAACAAUGGCGACCCUCCGCGGAUGCUUGCUGCCGACAUUCGCUGGGUGAACGAGCUGAACCGGAAGAAGCUCGAUGAAUUCUACGCCAAACGGCCGGAUCUCAUUCCUGCGGGCGUUAAAGACUUCCGUCCUACGUAUACUCUCUUGCCAGAGCCCGCCGAAUCGGGGCAUCCGCACUCUGCAGGCGACUCCUGGCACAAUCGGCCGCGGACCAUCGCCGACCAGGACAUCCAGGUCACCGGCACGACGGCCAGAGAGGCCAAAGCGGCUCCAUCUGCUGCUGCCGAGUCCUCUGCCCAGGGCGCUGCUUCCGCCGCCGCUGCCCCCAUAUCGCCGAGGGAGGAGGCUUCAAAGUCGUACAAGGAGGCGCUCAUGGAGCGGAUGCACUCACAGGCCGCUGCCAGGCGCAUGGCCCCGAACAAGCAGCGCCACGGCAUCGUCCUGUACAUCCAUCUGAGCGGCUGCGGCGAGGCCGUCGUUGCGGACGAGUGCCAGCUCAGCGUCAAGGCGGUCGAGAGCCGCGUGCGGUACCUGAUGCGCAUGCACGGCAGGGCGCUCUUUGGCGAGGCCAACGCGAGCAAGAUGCCCGCCAUCAUGUUUACCCCUGGAAACGCCACAAAGUACAAUGUGCUGGUCAAGGGGAUGCGCGUCGGCGACGCUGUGGCGAUCCUUGGGCCGCAGUUUGGGGAUGACUUGGAGGCUAUGGCGGAGAGUGUCCAGGCGGAGAGGCCGGUGAAGCUUCAGAUUGAGCUGUUGUGGAAUGGAGAGUAUAUUCCGGGGCUUGAUAGGGCUGCUCUGAGUCCUACUGCGGCGGUCACGGCCAAGGCUGCUGAGGCUUCUAAAGCUGCGGCUGAUGCUGCUGCGGCUGCUACUGCUGGUGUUGCUGAGGCUGAGGCUGCUAGCUAGGGGUGAGUGUGAGGGAAGGGAUUACAUUGACGGCUUUACUUGCUGGGUUGUGUUGAGAGGGCCAAUGGCGUUUCCUUUUACUUUGCGCUUUGUCUAGAUAGAAGAGAUGGCACUUAUGGACAGUGAUUGUUUUAUGUUGGGGACAUGUAAAACUGUGACAGACAGUUGUUGGUUGAAAUAUAUGCGCUCUACCUUCAUGUUCUCGAUGGCUGUCCAGGCACUUCUGGUGAGAUUGCUAUUGGUAUCGGGCGUGGCGUUGAGGAAGCCCGGUUUAUUGUUUAGUCGUAGUGCAGUGGACUAUUUAUAACCUGCUUUGAAUUUAUUUGAAUCGGCU